UCCUCCCAUAACCUUCAUAUUGAACGGUACCAUCGGACCAUCAAGGGGGUGUUCAAACCGAACAUGAAUAUCGCCCGGUUUUGCAUUGGUCUCAAACAAAUAAACAAGGGGUUUGUUCGGAAGGACAUCAUGUCCAAGGAGGGGAUCAGGGGAUUGGACUGUCAAAGUUGAUGAUGGAUUUCAAUAAGUGUCACCCGACCAAAGCCGAGCUCGGCAAUUACAGCGUCGAGAGGAUUGACAGGAAUUCGUCCAAAUCGUUGUGCAAAGACCCUUAUCGAAGGAGCGUGAUUGCUACUCAAUGAAAAGGAAUAGAUUCCCUUGCAAUUCCGCACUCUGCUUGGUUCGUUGCGAAAGUUGCCCCAAAGACAGGACGUGUGCCCAUGAAUAUACUUGCACUUGCAACUGGUAUGCUUACAGUAAUAUCUGCAAGCAUAUUCACAUAUUGGCUUUGUUGACUUUGAAGCCUGUUCAGUGCGAAAACAUCAGUCAGACAAAUGAAAAUGACCUCUUCAAACACGAACAUUUUAGCACGGCUAAAAGAAGUUCCGAGACCGAGGAGGCGGUUGGAAUAAUCAUUGAGGAGCCGGCCAGAAGCGGAGAGGAAGAAGCCCAAAACAUGGAAUCAUUCUUGGCGGAGUGUGAUAAGGUUGGUGGAGCAAUCCGUGCCAUCAGAAACGUUGUGAAAUCUAACGACUACAACAUGAAGGAGAAGAUGGUUCUCAUGGAACCUACCGACAGCCUUUUGCCGAUAUAUUGA